CAUAGCAUUUAGAGGACAUAAUGAAAAUUUAGAUUCUUUAAAUCAAGGUAAUUAUAAGGAAAUGUGCCAUAUGGUAUUUUCAAAGUUCAUGCCAGAUUUGAAAAAUGUAUAUGAGAAUAAAAUUAACCAUACCAGUUGGAAAGUGCAGGACGAAAUUAUUAAAAUAAGUGCUGACCUAAUUAAAGAAAUUAUUGUUGAGGAAAUUGUUGUUUCUGGGAAUUUUGCACUUAUGGUUGAUGAAGCCAGGUCCCAUAAAGAAGAACAGUUAUCUGUAUGUGUGCGGUAUGCUGUUGGUCUUGAGGCACGUGAAAGAUUUUUGCAAUUCAUAGAUGUUUCUAAUGGACAAACUGCCAACCAUAUUAUUUCUGCUGUUUUUAAUUGUUUUCAAAAUUUAAGUAUUAAUAUCAAUACAUUAAAUAUUGUUGCUCAGUCUUAUGAUGGUGCCAGCGUAAUGGCUGGACACCUUGGAGGUGUCCAGGCAAAAAUUAAACAACAAUUUCCAUGUGCCAUAUACACACACUGUAUGGCACACAGAUUAAAUUUGAUUGUUGUGGAUAUGUGUAAAGGAAUAAAGAGAGCUCGAAGUAUUUUUAAUACUUUAGAAAUGGUUUAUGUUCAUUUCUCUUGACCAUCCAACAAUGCUAAACUCAUUGAAGUUCAAUCUAAACUAGGUUUAAAAAAAGGAAAUUUUCUCAGGAUAUGCGAUACAAG